CUCGCCGCACGAACGGCCGCACGUGUGUUGUGUUUUGGAAAUCGCAAGUGUCUGGCGGAGCAGGACCUGGUAUUGUCACGCCUUGAGAAAAAAAUCAGUUAAAUCGUCCAAAGCUCGACAGAACAAGGAAACAACUCCGCCAGAAUGCAUUCCAUGUUGAAGCGGAUGAGGCAGGACUUCAACGUCUACGUCGGGGCGGAAACGGGCGUGCUGAAAGGUUUGCACUUAAACCAGAAGGCUGUAAUCAACAAAAAUUUCAACAACCUUCAGUCACUGGAGCGAGGACAGGAAAUCACAUCCAUGAUCUGGGGAAAUGAAGAACAGGAGGAGAUAAUGAUGGGGCUACAUAAUCAGACCAUAAGAGUAUUUGAUGUCGGCAUAAAAGCUUUCACUUCCUCAAGGGAAAUCAAAGUUGGAGAAGGACCUAUCGUCUCCCUGGCUAAGUGGAAUGAAUUCACCUUGGCUCUACCUCAUGAAAUUAACCUGUUCCAGAUAAAGCCAGAUAUGGUACAGCUAAGAGUUCCAGUGUGGGUGUCCGACAUGACCUUCCUGAAGGAACCAAACUGCAUUGCUCUUGCUACUCGGCAUUGUCAUGUUCGAAUGUACGACCACAAGAGGCAAAGGCGACCCGUUGUUAACUUUGAGUGGGAAGAAUCGCCGUUCACUUCCAUCACAUCUGUGGCUGAUAAAAGCCAGGUGGUUGUUGGCACAGCUCAUGGCAGGAUGGGUUGCUUUGACCUCCGGAUGAACAAGCCAGAACAUCCCGUGCGAAUAUUCAAGAGCUUUGCAGGCGCAGUUCGAGAUAUUGUUGUUCACCCGCAUCUGCCGCUGGUCUUCUCAGUCGCCCUCGAUAGAUUCCUUCGAGUGCACCAUCUCGAGACUGGAAAACUCAUACAUAAGGAAUACUUGAAAUCGCGGCUAAACUGCGUGCUCGUCCGAGAUGACUUUGAGGAAGGCGACUUACUCCCGACCAGAGAAAAGCCCAAGAGGAAGUGGAUGGAGAGAAAUAAAGAGAUCGAAGAGGAACUGGAAUACGAUUCAUCCGAGGAGUCCUGUGAAAAGAUCAGGAAGAUUGAAGAUGAUGAAGUGUGGUAGGCUGUUUGGUAUGGAUGUAAGGACGAGCUUUCUAAUAAAUGAUACUUUCUGUUGAA